AUGUCGUCGUCAGAUCUUCAGCCGCAUUCCGCUGGCCGUCAACCCUCUGUAUCCUGGCUAACGCUGUUUUCUGGUCUCACGAGUAUCGUCCUCUCGCACAUGCUCCUCAACAUGCGAGAAGCCAGUUUCAACGGCGGCACUGCUUCCUGCCCCGACACGUCUUCAUCUUCUGGUGUGCACUUCUCGCGAUGUAUCGAGGCAUUCGGGGCCACCUUCUUCAGACAGAAUGACGACGAUGUCAACCGAGAAGCUCGCGCACGAGGCAAUGACUCUGAAUUUGAUCAAGAUCUCGAAGUCGAGGCCGCGCGCUGCAGCCACCGACGCGUUGCCGACGCGUCUCAGCCUACUGCUUACUCUCACUCAGUGUCUGGCUCUGUUGCGGCUGGGACACGGCCUCACAAAGCUCAGAGCGCGUUUCAGUAUCUGCCCGUGCAAACGCGGCUGCGGUUCUACUCCCCAUCUGCUGCCAUUGCCUCAGCGAACUUCCGACUCAUCGGUAAAGACCGUUAA